AUGGAUACCAGUUACCUAGCCCAGCAGGUCAACACAAUAAUUGGCCAGCUGCACGGCUUGUUUGACGAGAUUGGUGUUCCCAACCAUGACCGCGAGACCCGGGAGGAGGAGCUCUUCGCCGCCCUGUCCGAUGCCUUGCACAACCAAGUCCGUCGCGUGACGGCCGAGAAGAAGGGCAUGAUCGAAGAAGCGCAAAAGAUGAUCACCACCAUCCGACAGAUGGAAGCCUCGCUUGACGACGGCAAGCCGCGCCGCGCUGACGACGACGGAGACUUGAAGAUUACUUACCCGCUCACGAGGUGUCUGAAGGUGCUCAAGGAGAAGCACAUGCAAAUGAGCCGCCUCCACCGCGAGAGAUACGAGCAAGUCAAGAAACUGGCCCUGGCCCUCGAGUCUUACUCCCUCCAUCUUGAAUCGACUUUCGUCAAGCUGGAGCUCCCUCCUACAGGGCCAAAUCAAUCGGUCCCGCCUAGCUUCGACUUGUCGCCGGCGUAUGUGGAUAAGCUGGAUGCCGAGUUCACGCGCGUGUAUGAGGAGUACACUCGCCGCGUGGCAACACAGCAAGCAAUCGCCGAGAACAUUAUUCAACUUUGGGCCGAGCUUGGCACUCCACAAGCGCAAACUGAUGGCGCCAUUGUCAAGUACUACCGCGAUGCUCCCGAGCAACUCGGCCUCCACGAAGAAGACAUCGCUCGACUGCGCGCCAAGAGGGAUAAGCUUCUUGAAGAGAAGAAGAACCGCGAAAAGCGUCUAAGAGACUUGAAGACCGCGGUCGAGGCCCUCUGGGAGAAGCUAGGGAUUGAGGAAGGCGAACGUAAGGCAUUCCUUAACAGCAACCGCGGAUGCGGUAUCCGCCAGAUCAAUGAGUUCGAGGAUGAGCUGGCGAAGCUCAAUGAGCUCAAGAGACAGAACCUGCACCUGUUUGUCGAAGACGCUCGCUUCAAACUGCAGGAGCUCUGGGACGCACUCUAUCUGUCGGAGGACGAAAUGCUCGAGUUUACCCCAGCCUUCUCAGAUGUAUACAGUGAUGCUCUUCUCGAGGCGCACGAGCGCGAGAUUGCCCGGCUCGAAGUGCUAAAAGAACAGCGCGCUCCAACACUGGCGCUGGUUGAUAAGCACAAGAGCCUCGUGCAGGAACGAGAUGAGCUGGCUGCCUCAAGUCAGGAUGCCUCACGGCUGAUGAUGCGAGGCCAAAAGGGCGAAAAGCGGGAUCCCGGCAAGCUGCUGCGCGAGGAGAAAAUGAGAAAGCGCAUUGCGAAGGAACUUCCCAAAGUCACCGCUGAGCUGCGCAAGGCUUUGGAACAGUGGGAAGACGAGUACGGCCGACCAUUCUUGGUUCACGGAGAGCGGUAUCUUGACAACCUAGAGGUGGAGGAGUCCAGGGCAGCACCGGGUCCCAGAUCCAGAACGCCUGCUCCGACACCAACGCCAUCGAACAACGCCAAUGUCGGCUUGAACCGGGCGAAGAGCGUCGGUAGCAUCAAAUCAGGACCGAAAGGCACGGCCAAGACACCAACGACUGCGAACAUUGUCAAGCCAACACAGCCGGCAAACGGUACCAUCCGCGGUCAGCCAGCAAAUAACAAGGGCAGCCCGACUCGAAUCCCUGCGCGGAUGCCGCUCUCAAAUCUCAAGCACGGCGAGAACUCCCCCGAGCGCCCCCGGCCAGAGUCGAGGAUCGGUAAUGGCAGUGUUCGUGGAGUCAACCCGGUCAUGAGGGCCCCGCCGCCGAAAAUGCGGGAUCUUUUGCCGCCGCCUGAACUAGAGACACCGGUGAAUCACUACCGAACUACCGGUCUUGGGUCUAGCAUUGUCCGUCAGGUCGAGCCGGAGGAUGUCUAUGAUGACAGAUACUCGUCCCAGGAGAACAGUAGGCCAGCGUCUCGGAGUUAUUACUCUUCGAGACCCAGUGAGCGGUCUGCGCAUCCUACUUACACCCAAGCGCCACCUCCCGUGCGGCAGAUUUCCAAUACUUCGACCGUCGUUACGGGCUCUGAGAACUGGGAAACAUAUGACGACAAUUCGGAACCAGAGGAGGACCUUUCGGACGCCUACUUCGCCAAGCUUCGCGCAGCGCGGGCCGGCAAGCGAGUCACUCCUGAGACUGGCUAUACUCGGCCACAUGCUGGCCAAAUCAAACGGAAUCGAGGACUUGCCCCAGCCCAAGGUGGGCAGGUCAUGGUGGAUCAUGAAGGAAACCGAAUCGUUUCUGGAAGUGAGUGGACCGAUGAGGACGCGUACUGA